UUAUUAUUAUUAUUAUAACCUUAACUGCGACUUGCGGGCAAUUUCUAUGCUUCGAAACUGUGGCUUACGGGGAAUGUCUAGUUAGGGGGAAUAAUUACCUUGCCUGCAACGUUUUGCAUAGCAGUUUUGGUACGAUCCCAGCUGUUUAGAGACUCAAUCAAGGCUAUAAACGGGACUUUAUCACCUACUGAAAUCGACAUUUAGAUUGAAUCAUAAUCUCUCCAUGACAGGGGUGUUAAACCCUUGGGAGAAUUGGCAUCGUUAUAUCUUGCGUCGUCUAAAAGUCAGCUCUAAGGGGAAGAGACAAAUCUAGCGAAUCUACCUGAACUUGGGAUUAUAUCUUUAUUAUCUCUUUACUAACAUAUUUUGGGACUCUUGUUUUUCCUAUCUGGAGAUUUUUAUCUCAUUCGGUGGAUUUUUUCAGUUUUUCGAAAAUUUUACCCCUGUAAAUUGACCAGUUUAGAGCUCCAGGAAAUUAUGAUUAUUCGUGCGUUUUCGGACGAUCGAACAUGCGCGCGCGUCUGGAUAUCGAUAGGCCUAAGCUAUCGUACCGUACGAAAUUCAAUAAACAGCGCUGACGAAAAAUAGCGAUAAUAUUUGUUUUGACCAGAUAAAACCUUCGUGCUUAGUAAAAUGAAGCAUAUUUAGUGGAAAGUUUAGCGGAAUUUUGAAAUCCGGUGUUUCAUUCUGCCCUGGUAUCUAAAAUGUAUAGUUCUCGAGGGGGACAGAUGCUAGCUCUCGGUCUCAAAAAAGCAUCUAAACAGAGCAAUUCACUGGCUGCAGAUGGACAGACUAACAACGUGCAUGUACAUGUAGAUGAUGCAGAGCUACCAGGCUUGCAGAUGCUUCCUGAGCUGAAAAAAAAUAUCUAUAUGUCAACACAGAGCAAAGCACAUACUGCAGUUGAGCAGACCAACAGCGAUGAUGAAGAGUCAUUGGUUUCUGACUCAGAAGUGGAAUCUUUUGCAAGGAUGUUGGAUGAGCGAGCCCGUCAACUUGAGGCAUCAAAAAUUGCCGAAAGACCAGAAAAGAUGACAGAGGCACAAAUUGGAAGGCAGACAAGAAUGUCUCGACGACUGAGAGAGCCUGCAGAUACCAACCGCCCAGAAGAUUACACAGAAAAGGACAGAAAGGGGUUUUGUGUCAAAAUUCUACCAGGAAAGGGUAGAGCUGUUUUCACUACAAAAAACUUUCAUAGUGGGGAGUUUUUACUCCAUUACCAUGGGGAAUUAAUAGAUAAAGCAGAGGCAGAAGAAAGAGAAAGAUUUGAAGAAACCGGAUUCAGAUAUUUCUUCAAGUACAGAGGGAAGAAUCUGUGGUAAGAGAGAGGUUCACCAGUUCUUGGCAGCAUAUCCUGAUUUCAAGAUUAGAAACUUCAAAGUCAUCAGAAGCAAGGUCAUGAAUGAAAAAUCAAAAAGAGAUCGCUUGGUAAAAAAAAUGGAAAGCAACCAGUAGGAAAUUAUUCUCUAAUGCACCGGGUGAACUUUUUCAUUCUUUAGUUUGCCACACACAGCGAUUUCUUGAUAUACAAGUAUUUCGCUUCUACCAAACUUAAAAAUGAUUGGGGCGAGCUUUCGUCUGCUCCUGCAGACUUCCUCAUGUCAACUGAUUUGUCACACAGUUGCUGUCUUGGCGAUCACUGGAGCGAAGAUAGGUGACAAUGCGUACCCAGUGUCCCUAUUGAGUGCUGGAUUAAUGCUUUUUAUCUAGAUAGACUCUUUGACCUUCCUUGGCCAGAAAUAAGAUUCAAAGUCUAUGAUCUGUGUAUCAUCCCAGCGAAUGUUAUGUCCAGUAUUGAGGGCGUGUUCCGGCCACUGCUGAGUGGGUUGGAUUGUUUAAUCUGAGGGCCCUUUUGUGUUCUUUUAAUCGGUCAUUCAGUGUUCUUCCUGUUUCACCCACAUAAGAACUUUCUGUCAGUGCACUCCAGAGCCCUUUAUACACAGAGUUUGGCCAACUUGAUAACAGGCACCAUGUUGUAACCCUUGGCGCUGAUGCACCGCACCGUGCGCACGGGCGGGCUUAUGGUAUACACACAAUAUAGCUUACACUACUAGCCCUCAAACUGAUUGAUAUUUUCUGUUGCAGAAGAGUCAUGUUAUGGGAAGUCUCAGAUUCUUGGCAUUUCUUCUCUUUCCUUCAUGUAGUAGACUAUAAUUUUAAUGAGUUUAGGCCCAAUAGGAAUAGGCCCUAGUAUUAAGCGUAACCAUCUCUCUCCUUUUCAUUAAUUUCUCGUUUUUUUUUCUAACUAUAUAUGCCUGUGUGUCUCUUUAGCUGCCCCUACAUGUAUACCUCCAUAGGGUCUUCACAUAUGAAAUUGAAGCGUUUUCAACUCCCAAUGAGUGAUUUGGAGUUUGCUGGCAUUUUAGAUUGAUCUUUCAGUAUGUUCUUCAAAUUUAUGUAUACAUACAUUGUCUGUUGUGUUUUAGCACUGCAAGAGUAUUUAUCAUGAAUUCAGGCUAACUCCGGUCUGACCAAAACAUUUUAGUAUUGAUGUGUACCAAGAGGGGAGGAGGCCCUUGAAAGGUAUAAGCCCUGAUAUGUUUGCCAGUACAUAGUUUCGGUAUGCCCCCCCCCCCCUUUCCAUUGUAUGAUGUAAGAAUGAUGUCACAAAACAUGCCCAAUUACCAAAUUUUAUCCACUUGCUACAGGUGAAAAUUACAAUUUUUUUAAAAUCAUCUGUUUUUAAUAGGGCACACCAAUAUAAUGAUCAUAACUAAUAUUAAUGAUUUAUACAUGUAUAUUGAUUUAUCCAUUCGAUUAUUUAUGUUUAUGUUUCAAUCCACUAUGCAUAGUGCCACUCAAAAUAUGUAUUAAUAUACGUAUUUAAAAUAACAGCUUUUCCAUGUAAUCAAACAUACCUACUGUAUGUUUUAACAGCACUUCCAUUACCCACUUCUUCACACAUUGUUUUUUAAUUCUCCUAUACAGUGUGAGUAAAAAAAAGAAGGAAACCCAACUUCGGUAGCUUCUUAUGAUAAUAUUAUAACAUAUAUGGAACCUUGCAAUUUAUUUCAUUGUAAAGAGUAACUUUACUGUCUACUGAUACCUUAUUCAUACUUUUCCUGCCACGGAUGACUGAGCACCAGGAGUUUCAAAAAGCUUUGUCAAAAUCGCCUUGUAUCAAGUUUGGGCUUAAGCAAUACGUGUGCGUCAAAAGCUACUAUGGAUUUGUUAUUGGAGUCUUGAAAUAAUGGCUAAGCUUUUUAAAUUGAUUUUGUGUAUUUGACUAGAAAAGGUGUUGAUUUGAACUUUAAAUGAAAGAAUAUCCUUAUUACAAGCAAUAUUUAAGAUAUCUUUGUUGUCAUUAAGACACAAUCUUGGUUUCCUCAACAUUCCUCGUAUGUAAGAGUUUCUUUAUUGAGUGUGUCAGCUUCAGAAUGUUGGUAGUGAAGAAGCUUUCUUUCAAAUGAAGUAAAAACACAGUUCAAAACACUAGCAUAUGUGUUCUAAACAGGCCUUCCUUGUAUUUUUUUAGUCUUUUAGGUUAGUUAACUAUUAAUUUAAUGUAGAUUGUGAGCUAGAUAACUUAUUCAGCUAAGUUGGUGCAAUCGACCAAUAAACAGAUGGUUUUGUGGCAAGAUAACAUUCUAAGAUAAGAGGUUUGUAGGCAGUUCAAAGUGCAUCCACAGCCAAUGAAACCUAAAAUAAAAUCCCUGUGAAAGUCUAGAUACUUAAAAUCACUUAACUCUGAAUAAUUGAAACACAAAACAUAUUUUAUCAUUUAAAAACGAUUUCAGACAAAGUAACAUGUGAUUAGAAGCCUUUGACACACACCCAUUGCUUAAGGUCAAACUUGGUACAAGGCGAUUUUGACCCCCCAAAAAUUGAAAAUCUUAGUGCUCAGUCAUCCGUGACAGAAACAUCAUAAAUGAGGUAUCGGUAGACAGAGUGAAGGUUAUUCUUUACAAUUAGAUACAUCUCAAGGUUUCAUAUGUUAUAAUAUUUUUAUAAGAAGCUACUAAAGUUAGGUUCCUUUUUUUUUACUCACAGUGUAUAGGAUACACCAAUGCAUGCUCAUUAUCACUUUUGUUGUUACACUGUGUAUGUUUAUGUUUUGAUUCACUAUACAUGGUGUUAAUAAAUUUCUGAUGCAAUAUACGCAAUUUAAAGAAAACGAUCAUUGGUUUAUUGAAACUAAAAUAUUGAGUAAUUUUACUGUCCAAAACAUACAUACUGUAAGUGCUACAACAGCACACCAAUAAACCAUUAUUUCACAUACACUUUUUAUACGCCGAAGGGUCGUAUUAUGGUAUGACGUCCGUCCGUCCGUCCGUUAGCCAAUUCUUGUGUAGAUAACUCCUCAUUCAUUGUUUAACGAAAUUUCUUCAAACUUGCAUGGAUGGAUGAUAUUGAUGUGUAGAUGUGCGUAAAGAUGAUAUAACUUGGGUACGCCAAGGCGUUGCCAUGGUAACCACAUUUUACUAAAAAAUUGAAAAAUUCUUGUGCGGAUAAUUCCUCAUUUACUUUUUAAUUAAAUUUCUUCAAAUUUGCAUGGAUGGAUGAUAUUGAUGUGUAGAUGUGCAUAAAGGUGAUAUAACUUGGGUACGACAAGGCAUUGCCAUGGUAACCACAUUUUACUAAAAAAAUAUUGAAAAAUUCUUGUGUGGAUAACUCAUUUACUUUGUAAUGAAAUUUCCUCAAACUUGCAUGGUUGGAUGAUAUUGAUGUGUAGAUGUGCAUAAAGGUGAAACUUCGGGCGUAUAAUGCUCCGACUUGCGGUGCUCUUGUUUAAAGAUCUUUUUGAUAUUCUAUAUGACACACCAAUUUAAUUAUAUUACUUAUUUCGUAUAUUUUUGUUAAUUUCUUCAAUUUGAAUAUCUGUAUCUGUAAAUGCAUCGUCAUUUGGGCUUGCUGCUAUGAUUUUAUUUAUUUAUCUAUCUUUCCUUACAUGAAGAACAAGAUAUUUUUAAUUGUUUAUAACUGCAUAGCACCAAGAAAAUUAUCAAACUGGUGACUCAAUUGGAAAAUUAUUGUGGUUUGCAUCAAUUAAUGUAUUUUUGUGCAUUCAUAGAACACUUAGCAAUCCUAUGGAUAUUGAAAUUUGGUGUGUGACAGCAAAUUUUCACGUAGUUUUGGAUGCAGGUUUCUGAGACAGUAAAAUUGGGAAGUUGUAAGCAGGCCUGGUUGUAAGCAGUGUAGGUCCACAAGUACAAUCAUGGGUCUGUAAUAAACACUGUGACAAAUGAAAUGAUAUGCCUGUAUUAAUAACUGGAAUAGCGAAAAGUGACAUUUUUACUGUGGAGUCUCAUAUGUUGCUUUAGGAGUAAGGCCACCGCACACCUUACGACUGGUCUACGACUGGAUUUUGAAAGAAAUUGCAAUUUGAAGAGAAAUUGAGUUUCAAUUUGAAAAUUUGUAUCUGACUGAGGUCCAGAAUGGUUAUAUCAAUAUAAUUAUCGAAAAUAUAUGGUAUUUGAAGUAUUUCAGACAGAGAAAAGGCCAAAUCUCCCAGUUACCAGUUGGUGGCCAGUCGUGCCUGUGUGACGUCGCUACGAUUCGCAGCCGAUCGGGCCUUUUCUCCAACUGAAAAGGCCAUAACACCCUGCAAUUUUUAUAUUGAUAUUGACAUGACAAUUCGGGACCUCAAUCAGUAGGAAUUUACAUUCUAAACAUUCUAUAUCUAAUCCUAUCAUAAUUUCUUUCAAAAUCCAGUCGUAGACCAGUCGUAAGGUGUGCGGUGGCCUUUAGGGCUUGUUGGAUAGGAUGUGUAAAAUUCCUUCAGUAUUGUAAGUGUUUAUAGAUACAGCGCAACAAACCCCCACACUUAUGUUAAUGAACCUGAAUUAAAUCACAAAUAAAAGGGAUCUUUGUCAAAAAAUUUGCAGACAAACUCAUGACAUCAUUUUGCAUUUACUUUUUAGGAAUUUAUUUGUUCCAAAGCUUUUUGAAGUCAGGCGGCAACAAAUUGUCUCCUGCCUCGCCAACAUUUUUUUUUUUUUUUUUUGGUCGCCUUAUAUUCCAUUGACUUGUACAUUAAAAUUGUUUGGGUUUGUUGCGCCAUAUCUGAACAAACCUUGAGAUAUGAGGGCUAUGGUAAUAAACUCAACAGCAUGGAUUAGAGCAGCGGGCAGGGCGUAGAUAUGUGACGUCACACUAUUCAAGUAGAUCACCCCCCCCCCCUGAACAAUAGGUUCACUGCUCGAAUCUUCGCCAGUGUUAAACUGAGCAGCGCUUCUCAACCAGUGGGCCAUGAGGAUGGCCAAAACAUUGUUUUAGAAUAAAAAUGAACCAGCUUGAGUUCAGCUUUACUGUCAAAUUAAUAAGUGGCAAAGUGGGCCUUGAGUUAAGAAAGGGUGAGAAGCACGUACUGGAUUAGGGGGUUGACUCUUUGUAAUUUGAAUUUGCAACCAUGCCGAAUCACACCACCUAAGUAACAUCUUUUUCCUGCUGCUUGGGCAGGAUUGGUGCCUUCUAUGAGGUCAUAACAUUGUUAUUGUUGAAUUUCUGCGCAAAAAUAAUGUUGGAAUUCACAGUGAAUUAUUGAAAUUACAAAUUUGAAUUAGUGAUAUCACAAAUUGAAUCUGUGAUAUCACAAAACAUAAUUCUUGUUGUGAAUUGUAUUAUGUUCUGGAACAUUAAACAUACAAGACUGUUAACCUAACUAGUCAGAUUUGUCUACAUUGCAGUGAUGUGCAGUAAUGUUGGAAUUCACACUGAAUUCUUGAUAUUACAAAUUUGAAUUAGUGAUAUCACAAAACAGAAUUCUUGUUGUAAAUUGUAUUAUGUCCUGGAACAUUAAACAUACAAGACGGUUAGCCUGA